AUAUAAUAUAUAUAUAUAUAUAUAUAUAUGUAUAUAUAUAACAGUCUUUAUCUACAGAGUGUUAACAGAGAAUUGCAUGUAGUGUUUACACAUUGUUUUGCGAGCUGUUCUGGACAUUACAUCUAAGAGAGCUUCCAAAAAAUGGCGAUCUUCACGCUUAGAAUAUUUACAUUCGGUGCAGUGUCCCUGUUUGUGUUUGGAUUUCUUCCACACCGAGUACUCACGGCUAAUUCCGAAACUAAUUCGUCGUACAUGGUGAAUGCACAAAAACUUAUAACAGAACUCCUUAAGGGUUACGAUCGUCGUGUCGUACCUGUUACGGAUGGACCGGUUCUUGUUUCGUUAAACCUUGAUGUGGCGAAUUUUGAAUUGGAUGAAUACGGAGGGAAGUUUAAAGUCCAGGGAAUGCUAGUGAAAUCUUGGGUCGAUUCCAGAUUAGAUUGGGACCGCAAGAAAUACAAUAUAAAGGUACUCUGUCUGCCGAUGAAAGAUGUUUGGCGUCCUGAUAUUACUCUUUACAAUUAUGUAGAUCACAUAGAUGUUCCGGACAUGAACGAACAAGCGCAUAUUUGGACGGGUGGUAGCGUGUCAGACUACAACCGAAUGUCUUUCACAGCUGCCUGUGAAAUCGAUUUGAAACGAUUCCCAUUUGAUACACAGACUUGUGAAUUGGUCUUCGGAUCCUGGUUGUUCAGCGGUGAUUUUGUGAACCUUACGACGAGAUUUGAUAAUCCUUAUAUAUAUCACGAGAGAGGUUUCAGCAAGUGGCAUAUCGAGAGUGCAAAAGCCAAAGAUUCUGCUGCCUUGUCAAAAGCUGGACAAAAAUGGCAAGACAAGUGA